UUGAUCCCCGCCUCAGGUGCUCCGAGCCCCGUCUGUUUUUCACCGCCUGCCCACAACGUUUCCCUUACGUGACGCCUUUUCGGAGCUCUCGUGUCGGCCCGCACUCUUUUUUCCUAUGCUGACCUUGAAAUCCCCCGCCCCCGGGCCCUCUCCUCCCCUGACAUCGCCGGCUUGAGUUUUGUUGUUUUUCCGCACGGGUCUCUUUUUCUUCUGAGGCCCCGCGGUCGCUCGCUCGCCUGCGGCAGGCACACGGCAGCGGCGCAGCAUGGAGAACUGUUCCCCCGCGCAGUACCGGCACAACGAUCGCUGCUGCAGCAAGUGUCAGAAAGGUUUUUACCAGGUAGAAGAGUGUUCCAACACUAAGGAUACCAAAUGCCAAGCCUGCGAGCCUGGGGAGUACAUGGACCAUCUGAAUUUCAUGUCCAACUGUUUACGAUGUGCAGAGUGUGAAACUCGCAGCAACCUGAUAAAGAACGCCAGUUGUACCGCAACGCACAACACGGUCUGUCAGUGCAAGGGAGGGCAUUACUGCCUCCACGAGGAGCAGGGCAAGUGUCAGCGAUGCAAACGAAUCUCCCAGUGCGGCUCCGGCAACGGCGUCAUCAGGAACGCCACCCACAAAUCGGACAUCCACUGUGCCCCCUGCCCUCCCGGAACAUUCUCCAAUGUCACAGACUCUUGGUCGCCCUGUCAGAACCAUACUGUGUGUGCCCUGUCCGGUCGCUUCACUGCACAGCCUGGGAAUGAGCACCAGGACACAGCCUGCGAGCAGCCCAUCGCUGACUCGGGCUGGAUGUGGAAAGUCACCCUGAGCGGGGUGACGGUCCCCUUGCUCUUCGCCCUCUUCGCCCUCAUCGCCGUCUGGGUGUGCCGGAGACGCAAAGGCCAGCAGGGGGGUGCCGGAAAUCAGGACACCGAGCAGAUGGACGAGCUUCUUCAACUACGGAAGCUGAAGAUCAUGAAUGAAACGUCUCAGGAAGUUGUUGAGGGUGUAUUGGAUAUCCAUGGAUGGCCAAAAUAUCAGCAAAACGGGGUAUCUCUGCAUACAAAACUCGUGAAUGGACACAGUGAGGACAACGUUCUACUAAGCAGUCUGUCUCUCUCAGCCACCACAGACAUCAUAAAAGGCAGCUCACGUAGCCUGCCCCAGACGCUGGUGUACGAGAAUCUCCGCCCAUAUCCCCACAUGACAGUCAGUGAGAUCCUCAGUCAGAUGCCUGUCGGGGCCCAGAACUGCCACAAUCCCGAUCUCCGGGCAACUGAUGUCAUGGACGAAGACGGGUUGGAGACGGACCAUGCAGACUUGACGCCUGAGAGCAGGUCGCUGAAUAUACCUGAGGCCCAGGCCUCAGGAGCAGGCCUCAGCCAGGGGCUGGCCAACGAGGGUGUCAGCAGGCCCAGGAGCUGGAGCCAGGCCUCUUCCCUGGCUGUCAGCUCCCUCGACACAGGCGGAGCCCCCCGGCCCCUCUCCUCGGAAAUCCCCUAUUCUCCAGCACCGGCUGUCCUCGGCCCCCCCACUCUUACGGCCUCUGAGGUGCUGGGCCGAGACCACCUCCUACCGCUGGUGUCCAUCCGCGUGUGCCCCCCCUCGCCGCCUCCCCGCCCCCCUAAGGCUGGGGCUACGCACAGGGAGGGCCAGGACCUCCAUCUCUCCGCACCCACCCUGCAGCCCGAGGAGGAUGAGUGGACAGAGUGAAGGGUGGGGAAGGAGGGAGGUCCUCCUGCCCUUGAGAUCCAGGCUCGUCCCCUCUGCCAAUCCUCCCUCAACCUGCCUCCAUCCCUACUCCCCCCUUGCUUAGACCACUGGGCCUGAGCAGGUGCCAUCUUGAGGAGGUCAAGGGGUGAGGGAGGCCAACUGGACAAAGGUCAAGGGGAAGUGGGGUCAACUGGGCAAAGGUCAAAGGGAAGAGGGGUCAACUGGGCAAAGGUAUGAUAGGGAAAGAAAUGACCAACAAAGGUCAAGGAAGAAGGAGGUCAGUUGCAAAGGUCAAGUGUGAUGAGAGACAAGAGGGUAAAGUGCAAGGGGAAGAGAGGCCAAUGACACGAAGGUCAAGAGGUUAGAAAGAUCAACUGGGCAAAGGUCAAUGGGGAAAGGUCGGCUGUGCGAGAUUGUACACAGCGGGUGAAAGAAGUGUGGUGGACAGGGCUGUGGAGGUCAACAGUUGAGGGCCCACCCCAUGCUGCUGUCGAGGUUGGGGUGGGGUGGGGGGGUGGUGGGAGGUGGCAUCAGCCGGAAGCAGGGGGCAGCCACCCCUGUGUCCCAAGCAGCAGUGGGUUGGAGGGAGGAGGGUCUCCAGGGACGAACCAGAGCCCCUGGCUGGGAGGGAACAGCGUGCUGUAUCUGUACAAUUAAAGUGACCCCGGCUGUGAAUCGCACUCGUCUUGUUCUUGUCACACGCAGUGAGGAAUGGGAGUCAAUGUGUCACAACAGUCAGCAGGACACCUGUCACUUCCCGCCAGAGGCCACUUGGCCCAUCGGCUUGGUGCCAGCCACCUCUUGGCAUGCUGGCUGGUUCAUCCUCCCUCGCACCCAGACGCACUCUCUCCACCCCAUCCCUGAAGAGGGGGAGUUGGUGGAGACAGAGAGAGAAGAGGGAGGGGUGAGUAGGGAGAGAGAUAGGGUGUUGCACAGUGUGGACCCAGUAGUGUGAGCUCAGGGCUCACUUCAUCCUCAAGGUACGAACACCAGAUGAUCGAAAUCCAGAGCAACACACACACUACACUCAUACACACACAGAUAGAUUACAUUCACACACAGACACACACACUACACUCAUACGCACACAGAUAGAUUACAUUCACACACACACACUACACUCAUACACACACAGAUAGAUUACAUUCACACACACACACACUACACUCAUACACACAGAGAUAGAUUACAUUCACACACACACUACACUCAUACACACACAGAUAGAUUACAUUCACACACAGACACACUACACUCAUACACACACAGAUAGAUUACAUUCAUACACACACACACAGCUACACUCAUACACACACAGAUAGAUUACAAUCACACACUACACUCAUACGCACACAGCUAGAUUACAUUCACACACACAGCUACACUCAUACACACAGACUACACAUACACACACGACUACACUCAUACACACACAGACACACACAUAGCCUACACUUCUACACAUAUAUAUAGACUACACUCAUACACACACAUAUAGAUUACAUUCACACACACAUAGAUUACACUCCUACACAUACAAACACACACACACAGCCUGCACUCCCUCACAUAUAUAUAGACUACACUCAUACACACACAUAUAGACUACAUUCAUAUAAACAGACUACACUCAUACACACACAGAGAUUACAUUCACACACACAUAGAUUACACACAAACACACACGUAGCCUACACAGAUAGAUUAUACUCAUGCACACACACGUAUAGUCUCAACAGGCUGCUGGUAGAUAACUGGAGUCCGAGUCCCGGUGAAGGGUUUCAACCUGAAAUGCCGAACGUUGAGUGUGCUCAGGGAUGCUGCAGUUUGUGUGUGUUGCCUCCCCGACGAUUAACUGUACGGAAGACUGAGCCCUGUCACCCUCUUCCCUGUCAGCUUAACCCUUUAGUUUUUGACAGCCCUACAUCCGAGACGAGACUCUGCCUGUCUGUUGGUGUGUGGUCUUGCAAACUUCUGUCAGGUCUGCAUGGAAGAUCAGUUAGGAAGGUUCAGUCGUUAGGUAUUAAUAUUGAAGUAGUAAAAUGGAUUCAACAGUGGCUGGAUGGGAGAUGACAGAGAGUAGUGGUGGGUAACUGCUUGUCAGAUUGGAGGCCAGUGACUAGUGGUGUGCCUCAGGGAUCUGUACUGGGUCCAAUGUUGUUUGUCAUAUACAUUAAUGAUCUGGAUGAUAGGGUGGUAAAUUGGAUUAGUAAGUAUGCAGAUGAUACUAAGGUAGGUGGCUUUGUGGAUAAGGAAGUAGGUUUUCAAAGCUUGCAGAGAGAUUUAGGCCAGUUAGAAGAGUGGGCUGAACGAUGGCAGGUGGAGUUUAAUGCUGAUAAGUGUGAGGUGCUACAUUUUUGUAGGAAUAAUCAAUAUAGGACAUACAUGGUAAAUGAUAGGGCAUUGAGGAAUGCAGUAGAACAGAGUGAUCUAGGGAUAAUGGUGCAUAGUUCCCUGAAGGAGGAAUCUCAUGUGGAUAGGGUGGUGAAGAAAGCUUUUGGUAUG